AAAAAUAAAAUAAAUAGAACUCCAACGUUCGAAACUCCACUACUUCCCUAGUUACAAGUUCCAGGCAAAAACCCCAACCACAAAGCCCUCCUCUGGUACAAGAUGCUGCUGCUGCAACAGACAACCCUAGUACCUAAAUUCCUAUUGUUUUCAAAAUCUGAUUUCAGUUUCAGGCCUUGUUCUUCUUCCUUUUCAACAAGAUUAUCUUUCAUGGACAAAUACACCAAGCCCUCUUCGCAAAAACAGUCUCACAAACAGUUUCAAUGUCCAGUCUUGGCUUGUCAAGCAUCAACUGACACUCACGAUACUUCUUUCCGGAAAGAUGACUUGCCAGUUCAUGGAGUGUCCGAGGUGAUUGUUGGUGUAUUGGGAGGUGGGCAAUUGGGUCGUAUGUUAUGCCAAGCAGCUUCAGAAAUGGCUAUUAAAGUCAUGGUUUUGGACCCACUUACGAAUUGUCCAGCAAGUGCGAUUGCAUAUGAUCAUAUGGUUGGAAGCUUUGAUGAUAGUUCAACAGUUCAGGAAUUCGCAAAAAGAUGUGGAGUGUUGACUGUGGAGAUCGAACAUGUUGAUGUUGCUACAAUGGAGAAGCUUGAGCAGCAAGGAGUUGAUUGCCAACCGAAAGCCUCCACUAUUAGAAUUAUCCAAGAUAAGUAUCUCCAGAAGGUUCAUUUUUCUCAGCAUGGGAUUCCCCUUCCUGACUUUAUGCAGAUUGAUGAUCUAGAAGGUGCCAAGAGAGCAGGCGACUUAUUUGGCUAUCCUUUAAUGCUCAAGAGCAAAAGGCUAGCUUAUGAUGGGCGUGGGAAUGCAGUUGCUAAGAGUGACGAGGAGCUUUCUUCUGCAGUAAAUGGAAGUUGCUUCCUUCCUAUCCUUAACAACUUCAGCAAUGAGCUUGCUGAGACCUUCAGCAUUUUUCGCUCUAACAGGAAAGCUCUUGGAGGACUUGAUCGAGGUUUAUAUGUUGAGAAAUGGACACCCUUUGUGAAGGAGCUAGCUGUCAUUGUGGCUAGAGGAAAAGACAAUUCCAUUUUGUGCUACCCUGUUGUUGAAACUAUUCACAAGGAAAACAUUUGUCACGUGGUUAAGGCUCCUGCUGAUAUACCAUGGAAGAUCAGAAAACUUGCCACUGAUGUUGCACAUAAAGCUGUUAGCUCCUUAGAAGGUGCUGGUGUGUUUGCAGUGGAGUUGUUUUUGACAAAGGAUGGUCAGAUCUUACUGAAUGAAGUAGCUCCCAGACCUCAUAAUAGUGGCCAUCACACGAUUGAGUCCUGCUAUACCUCACAAUUCGAACAGCAUUUGAGAGCUGUUCUUGGUCUUCCACUUGGUGAUCCUUCAAUGAAGACUCCUGCUGCUAUCAUGUACAAUCUACUGGGUGAAGACGAGGGUGAGCCUGGUUUUCACUUAGCUCACCAGUUGAUUGGAAGAGCAUUGAACAUACAAGGGGCUUCUGUCCAUUGGUAUGAUAAACCAGAAAUGCGAAAGCAACGGAAGAUGGGCCAUAUCACUAUUGCUGGCCCUUCAAUGGGCAUAGUGGAAGCACAGUUAAAAUCAAUGCUGAAGGAAGAAGGUUCUGAGAGUCAGACUGCUGUUACACCGCGUGUUGGGAUCAUUAUGGGCUCUGAUUCAGAUCUUCCUAUAAUGAAGGAUGCUGCAAGGAUUUUGACUGUGUUUGGAGUGCCUCAUGAGGUGAGAAUAGUAUCAGCCCAUCGAACUCCUGAAAUGAUGUUUUCUUAUGCGCUGUCUGCUCAGGACCAAGGCAUCCAAAUCAUCAUUGCUGGUGCUGGUGGUGCAGCUCACUUGCCAGGUAUGGUAGCUUCGCUGACCCCCUUGCCUGUUAUUGGUGUUCCUGUGCGUGCUUCUGCUUUGGAUGGAAUGGAUUCACUCUUAUCAAUUGUACAGAUGCCAAGGGGAGUCCCUGUUGCAACUGUGGCAAUUAAUAAUGCCACAAAUGCAGGUUUGCUAGCAGUAAGGAUGUUGGGUGUUGGUGAUACCGACCUUUUGGCAAGAAUGAGCCAGUAUCAAGAAGAUACAAGGGACGAUGUCUUGAAGAAGGCAGAAAAACUACAAACCGAUGGCUGGGAAACUUAUUUGAAUCCUUGAGUAGUAGAAAACUUGUCUGGUAAUUCUUGUUUUCUGUCCUUUCUGUGUGAUGGACCAAAAUUUUGAGAGUUCCAUACCUACCAAUGAAAUUCCUUCAAAACUCAUCCCCACACCACAAUUUUGCAUGUGCAAGCAGAUCAGGUAAUGUGACAGAUAAAAAAACCUGCUGUCCUCGUAUUGAUUUAAGCGAUGCAUUUGGCAUCAUAAGAUAAUUUCGUAGCAUGUUGGAAGUCUGAAAAGCAGAGAAAUUUUUUAAACAAAGAGGGGAGAGAGAGGUAGGUGAUUUUGGAGGGAGAGAGCCUUGUAUCCAUACUUGUAUGAUACCUGUUUUUUUCCCUGUUCAAUCAGUCAAUCAAAGUUAAUUCUUUCUGUUUGUGGUA